AGGGAGAGAGAGCGAGAGGCAGAAAGAGAGAGAGUGAUGGAGGGGGAGGCAGAGGUUGUUUGGCAUUUGGGAAUAACUAAUGAGGGAAGAAGGAGCAGCGAAGAGGAGAAACAAAGACGUCUGGGAUGACCGUCACGUAUUCCAGUAAAGUCGCCAACGCCUCGUUCUUCAGUUUCCACCGGCUGCUGCUGCGAUGGAGAGGCAGCAUCUACAAGCUGCUGUACAGGGAGUUCCUGCUGUUCCUGCUGCUGUACAGCGCACUCAGCCUGGUGUACAGGCUGGUGCUCUCCGACCCUCAAAAGAGGCUGUUUGAGAAACUCUCCAUGUACUGUGACAAAUACGCUGAGCAGAUCCCCGUCACCUUCGUCCUCGGUUUCUAUGUGACUCUGGUGGUGAAUCGAUGGUGGAAUCAGUUCGUUAAUCUGCCGUGGCCGGACCGCCUCAUGUUCCUCAUCUCCAGUUGUGUUCAGGGUAAAGAUGAAUACGGCCGCCUGCUGCGCCGGACGCUGGUGCGUUACGUGAACCUGACCUCGCUGCUGAUCUUCCGCUCCGUCAGCACCGCCGUCUGCAAACGCUUCCCCACCAUGGACCACGUGGUGGAGGCAGGUUUCAUGACUCCAGAGGAGAGGAAGGUGUAUGAGAAUAUCCGCUCCCCUCACCUGAAGUACUGGAUCCCCGUCGUCUGGUUCUCCAACCUGGCCGUUAAAGCUCGAGAGGAAGGACGAAUCAAGGACAGCAUCGACCUGCAGCAGAUACACAAAGAGCUGAACGUCUUCAGGACUUGGUGUGCGACUCUGUUCGGAUACGACUGGGUCGGCAUCCCACUCGUCUACACACAGGUCGUCACCCUCGCCGUCUACACGUUCUUCUUCGCUUGUCUGAUUGGCCGUCAGUUCCUCGACCCGACGCAGGGUCACCAGGGGCACGACCUCGACAUCUACGUUCCCGUCUUCACGCUGCUGCAGUUCUUCUUCUACUCCGGCUGGCUCAAGGUGGCGGAGCAGCUGAUCAACCCGUUCGGCGAGGACGACGACGACUUUGAAGCAAACUGGAUCAUCGACAGGAACCUUCAGGUGUCCCUGCUGGCUGUGGAUGAGAUGCACAUGAACCUGCCUCACAUGACCAAAGACAUUUACUGGAACGACUGCGAGGCGCGGCCGCCGUACACACUGGCGGCCGCCGACUACUGCAUCCCAUCGUUCCUCGGAUCCACCACCGACAUGGGACUCUCUGAUAUCCUGCAGGCUGACGAGGCUGAAGUCUCCAACAAGCCGCUCCAGGACCCGGUGUUGGUUUGGCGCCAAGAGUCGGUUCUGGGUCGAGUCCGCCGGUUGCUGAGCGUUCAGGAGCCCCCCGACCUCCCACUGUCUCGACCCGUGUUUAAACGACACAGCAGUGAUGCGACCGGAAGCUUCUUCCCAGACUUCAGGGUCAAUCCACGUCCAGACACAGGUCUACCCUCCCCAAACAUGGACACCCUGUCCACCUUAAGGGAGGUCAGCAGUAACCCUCCCUCCCCUGAAAGCCCGCCCUCCGCUGUUUUCCCACGACUCGUCGUCAGUCCACCAUUUUCCGGGGACGCCUUAAAGAACAGGGAAUCUUCUGCUAACUUUGAAGAGGCAAAACCUCCCAAUGGACUGGAUCCGUCCCCUAGUGAGGAGGCACCGAGCAAUGAUAACCCGAGGACCAGCUCUUCCGUCUGUUGUUCCCCCACCCAGCUGGGACCAAAGGAAUUUCGUUGGACGCAUAACCCACCGUCCCGACCUCGGGGUCGCCAGUUCUCCCUCCAGUUCUCCAGGCAGUCGUCCAAAGCGUCGGUCCGAAGCCUGCCGAGCCCUAGUGGUCUGGGAAGGCGGAAACGAACCCUGGCUGGUUUCAAAUCCCGGCGAUCGCCCGGGCCACCAGCGGACACCCUGCAGCUUCCCGACCCCGAGUACGACAACGACUUCCAGGGACUGGCAGGGACUGAGGACGACGAGAAGGAAGAAUCCAACAACGGUGAAGAGAUCAAAAGACAGGACUCCUCAUAGAAGAGCUUGGGGAAAUAAUUAGAGCCACUCGCACAGAAAGAUAAUAGUUCCAAAACAGAGCCAAUCUCCAUGCUGGUAACAACAUUACCUAAGAUAAGGAGCCACAAGAGGGAAUCCCUCAUCUCUGAACGGAUGUUUAGAAGUCUGGAGUUUUAACUAAGUCACUGGAGACACACCUUAACCCCCAAGAAGCUACAUCAAAGAUCAGAAAACAUAGAAAAUAAUCCUAAUAAUGGUAAGAAAAUGUGUAAGAAAAUGAGAAAAAUCCCUUCUCUUUGCAUAUAUAAUCUCUUUAUGGAGGUCAGCUCAAGAAAACACAAACGGAACUCCUUAUGAAAAGCUGAACCUGUUGAGGAAUAACUGGUAUGACUAUCAAGGAAGGUUUGGGGUUUCCCCGUUCACUUCAAUGUGUUUUCUUGAAUACCAACUGGUGGCCAUUGGAGGAAUUGCAGCUUUGUCUCCAAAAUUUGGUCGACUACCGAUAGAUAAAAUUACUCAGGAUUAUUGACUGGACUUUGAAGGUUUCUUCAAUCUUUGUAGCACAAACUCUUCUGUUAAUGUGAUAACAAUUUGUCUGCUUUUUUGUACAUGUGACUUAAGAAUAUACCGUAUGUGUUUCUGCUGCUGAAAAAAACAAAAAUGAAGAAUGGUGGCAUAAAGAUUUAAGAUGGUG